AUGCUGCUGGAAACACCAAACGAUGAAUCACUAGUCAGUGAGACAAAACAACAACGUCACGAUAGGUUCUCGAAUCAACUUUGGCAAGCGGCAGCAGCAGGUGCUCUACGUGGAACGUUAAUUGCUUUGGUAACGGGGUAUGCAUUGUCUUUCAAGUACAAUCAUGGCAAAAACAAACCAUAUUUCCGCAAUGUUUACAAAGUUUGGUGGUUUGUGGGCUGGAAUAUUGUGGGGGUGACAUUUGCCACUGAUACAGCAAAGAGGAACAUAAGCAGGCAGGCCGCACUUGAAGACGAGAUAAAGAGAACCAAACUUUACGAACAAGAAUUUGCAAAGUAG